UACUUCCAGCCAGGCAUCGACAACUGUUACCGAUUUUCGCUUAGCAAUGAAUCCUGUGCAAUUGAAUUUACUAUGGAAGACUUCGAUUUGCCUUCGAGUCCCAGCUGCACGGAAGGCUACGUGCAAACAGAAGAGGGAGGUCAGAGAUACUGUGGAACUGCGCUGCUAUCAAAGACAUGGACAUCGACGGCUGCGCCAGUGACGGUGUCCGUGGCUAGCACGGCGGUCGCCCCCGCCGGCCACCGCGGCUUCAGCCUUCGCUACCGCCACCUGCCGUGCUGCGGGGGCGUCAUCAGCAACAACACCUUCCAGCUGUCCAGUAGCGUUCUGCCUACUGGGCGCAACUACUCCUGUUCCUGGACCGUGGUGCCCGCCACUCAGGACUCAUGUGAGCUGCAGGUGGACCUGGAGGAGUUGCGCCUGCCGUGUGGACAAGCUGAGCUGAGACUGGGCACUGUAAAACUGUGCGGGGACCGCUCCGGGGAGUCUGUGAGACUACAACUGGGAGCCGAAGGUGUGCCUGUGACGUUCUGGCGGAACGCCACGGCGGGCGGUGCCGUCUUCAACAUCACUGGUCGACAGGCCGAGGACUGCGACCCAUUCGAACUGGACGUCCCUCUGCAGUGACGAAGUGGUGUGGCGUCUAAUCCGGCUUCGCUUCUGUAGUUGCAUACGUUGUGAAUGAAACUCGUUACAUCAGAUCUGUAAG